CUUGGACCGAGAGACAAAGCUAAGAAAAAGAUGAAGAAAUUGUUGGAAAUCCACAUAAAGAUGCUCUUCAGUCUUUCAUUUAUGGCAAAUGCAAGACUCCAUGAAAGUUAUAACUCACAAGACACAGUGUUGUUACUUGUUACCAGUGAAGAUGAGUGAUGGUUGUGAUCACAAAAUCUGGGACUGUGGGAGUCCUCUCUACGAUUCUUACGAGCUCGUCUCUUUUGCUCACAUAAUAGAACGCAAACUACUGCCUUUCUCUCCUUUCACUCGGCAGCCUAGUUGGCGUCUACGAGUUCUGAUGGAUAAAGAUAAAGACAAGUGUUCCUCAGAAUCCUAUGUUUCCAAGACGACCACAAGUUGUAUUCAUCGGAGGAAAAGUUGGUGGAAUAGAAAGAAGAAUGAAGAAACGAAGGAAUACAUCAAGAAGAAGAAGAGGAAAAUGUCUUCUUGUAUUUCAUGGUGGCGUUAG